AUGACGAUUGGUUCCUUCUUCAUCACAGCCUCCAGAGCUCUCACCACUCAUCCUUUCUCCUCCAGUUUUCUUCUUCUCUGUACUAUUAGCGGUGGAGGUGUGGUGGCACUCUCAGAAUCACAAUCAGAAGCUGAACGUCCUAAUAUUGAAAAUCAUGAACCCCGCAAAAAGAAAGUUGUUGUCCUUGGAACUGGAUGGGCUGCUACCAGUUUCCUCAAGGGUUUGGAUGCAUCAUUAUAUGAUGUUCAGGUUGUUUCGCCUCGCAACUACUUUGCAUUUACUCCCUUAUUGCCAAGUGUCACUUGUGGGACAGUUGAAGCUCGGAGCAUCGUGGAACCCGUCCGAAACAUCAUUAAAAAGAGAAAAGGAGAAAUAAAAUUUUGGGAGGCAGAAUGCGUCAAGAUUGAUGCUGCAGGCAAAAAGGUUUUUUGUCUGUCUAAUAUUGAAAACUUAGUGGGAAGUGGUGAAUUUUCUCUAGACUAUGACUUCUUGGUUGUAUCGGUAGGAGCACAAGUAAAUACAUUCAAUACCCCGGGUGUCAAGGAGAAUUGUCAUUUUCUGAAGGAUGUAGAGGACGCUCAGAAGAUCAGACUGUCUGUAAUAGAUUGUCUUGAGAAGGCUGUUCUUCCCAGUCAAUCUGAAGAGGAGCAAAGGUCAAAUCUUCAUUUUGUAAUCGUUGGAGGUGGUCCAACUGGUGUUGAAUUUGCUGCAGAGCUUCAUGAUUUUAUCCAAGAAGAUUUGACCAAAUUAUAUCCAACCGUUAAAGAUAAAGUGAAGAUAACGUUAAUUCAAUCCGGAGAUCACAUUUUGAACAUGUUUGAUGAAAGAAUUAGUUCAUUUGCUGAGCAGAAGUUUACGAGAGACGGUAUAGAAGUUCAAACUGGAUGCCGGGUUUUGAGUGUUAAUGACAAGGAAAUUACAAUGAAGGUGAAAUCAACAGGAGAGGUUUGCUCUGUGCCUCAUGGAUUGAUUGUCUGGUCCACCGGCAUUUCUACUCUUCCAGUUAUAAAGAACUUCAUGGAAGAAAUUGGUCAGACUAAAAGGCACGUACUAGCAACUGACGAAUGGUUGAGAGUAAACGGAUGUGAAGAUGUGUUCGCCAUUGGUGAUUGCUCAUCAAUAAAGCAACGUAAAAUCAUGGAUGACGUCUUGGACAUAUUUAAGGCGGCAGACAAAAAUAACUCGGGUACCUUAACUGUAGAAGAAUUCAAAGAAGUGAUGGAUGACAUAAUCUUAAGAUAUCCUCAAGUUGAAUACUAUCUACAGAAGAAACAUAUACUUGAUUUGAGGGUUCUGUGGAACGACGCAGAUGGAAAUGAAAGAAAAGAAAUAGACAUAGAAGGGUUUAAGCUUGCCCUUUCUGUGGCAGAUUCACAAGUGAAGACUCUUCCAGCAACUGCACAGGUUGCUGCGCAACAAGGUGCAUAUCUAGCUAGUUGCUUUAACCGCAAUGAUGAAUUAAAAGAGCAUCCAGAAGGACCUCGACGGUUUACAGAAUCUGGACAUCAUCGGUUUCUUCCCUUCCGGUAUAAGCAUUUUGGGCAAUUUGCUCCACUGGGUGGGGAGCAAGCAGCAGCAGAACUUCCUGGAGACUGGGUUUCCAUUGGUCACAGCACUCAAUGGCUAUGGUAUUCGGUAUAUGCAAGCAAGCAAGUGAGCUGGCGCACACGGUAUUUGGUCGUGUCGGAUUGGACUAGAAGAUUCGUAUUUGGGAGGGAUUCAAGUCGAGUUUAA